CAGGGCAAAGAUGAGUCUGUUCGGAUCAACAUCUGGGUUUGGCACUGGAGGCACCGGCAUGUUUGGCAGCACAACUGCGGAUAACCAUAACCCAAUGAAGGAUAUUGAAGUAACAUCUCCGCCUGACGACAGCAUAUCUUGUUUAGCAUUUAGUCCACCAACAUUGCCGGGUAAUUUCCUCAUUGCAGGAUCGUGGGCAAAUGAUGUUCGCUGCUGGGAAGUUCAAGAUAAUGGGCAGACAAUUCCGAAGGCUCAGCAGAUGCACACAGGGCCUGUACUAGAUGGCUGCUGGAGUGAUGAUGGGAGUAAAGUAUUUACUGCUUCCUGUGAUAAAACUGCCAAAAUGUGGGAUCUCAACAGUAAUCAAGCUAUUCAGAUUGCACAACAUGAUGCUCCUGUGAAGACUAUCCAUUGGAUUAAAGCACCAAAUUAUAGUUGUGUGAUGACAGGAAGCUGGGAUAAAACUUUGAAGUUCUGGGAUACCCGUUCACCAACACCUAUGAUGACAUUGCAGCUCCCUGAGAGAUGUUACUGUGCAGAUGUGGUUCAUCCUAUGGCUGCUGUGGCCACUGCAGAAAGGGGUUUGAUAGUUUAUCAGUUAGAGAAUCAGCCUUCUGAAUUUAGAAGAAUAGAAUCUCCUCUUAAACACCAGCAUCGCUGUGUUGCUAUUUUUAAAGACAAAGUGAACAAACCUACUGGAUUUGCCCUUGGAAGUAUUGAAGGAAGAGUAGCUAUUCAUUAUAUCAACCCCCCAAACCCUGCAAAAGAUAAUUUCACUUUUAAAUGUCAUCGCUCCAACGGAACAAACACAUCAGCACCUCAGGAUAUCUAUGCUGUAAAUGGGAUAGCGUUUCACCCAGUCCAUGGUACUCUUGCAACGGUAGGAUCUGAUGGUAGAUUCAGCUUUUGGGAUAAAGAUGCACGAACGAAACUAAAAACGUCGGAACAACUUGACCAGCCGAUAUCUGCCUGUUGUUUCAACCAUAAUGGCAAUAUAUUUGCGUAUGCUUCCAGCUAUGACUGGUCAAAGGGUCAUGAAUUUUAUAAUCCACAGAAGAAAAACUACAUUUUUCUGCGAAAUGCAGCAGAAGAGUUAAAGCCUAGGAAUAAGAAGUAG